AGAAUCAGACACUUUGGAAAAAGUGCAAUCCGAAAGAACGAAAAACACAGCUCUGGAGAGAAACCGAGGAAAGACUUGCCUUCUGGGGCGCGGGAGACCAUCGAGGUGGAUGUACACCCGAGCACCGACACACACACACACACAGAUACAGCUGGGAGUGGAUUGUCUAGCAGCGACUUCCGUCGCUUUUGUCGCCUGCUUUUAUCGUUUCUGUCCUUUAGCAAAGAGGCUCCGAGUUGUGCAUCCGAAUGGGAUUUCUUUGCGUUCCGGCUUUGCACCUUCCCUGACUUCUCUGCUUCCUUUCCGCCCUUCGUCCUCGAGUCUGAAAAGCAGCGAGUCAUCUGUCGGAAGGGCUGGAGUUUUUUGCGGUGGGUUUCUGGUUGUUUGGAAACAUCCGUCCACUUGAAAACUCCCGAAAGAUUUCCACUUCUGUGCGCGUGCGUACAUCUCUGCCACUAGGAGUUGCAAGUGCCUUCUUCGUUAGAACGUUCGCAUCUGCUUGUUUCACAGUUGAGUAUCCCUCGCGCGUCUCCUGGCGCGACUGCCUCUGUUCCUUUUCUUUCCUGUCUCGCUUUGCUCCGCAAAAGUCACCUGUUUAUUCACACAGGCGGAACGCGCAUAAGCGCGCCGUUCGGCUGUUCGUCCUCGCUCUGUUCUCUCGGUCGGGCUCCGUCUCGCUCUCCUCCCUGCGUCUGCCUGUUUCUCCCUUCUUUAUGCGAUCCUCUCUUUCCUCGCUCUCCUCUCGCGCUUCUGUCCGUUCCCCUCUCCGAUCGGUUGCUUCCUGCCCUUCUCUGACCAGAACUCCUCGCUGUCGCCCGCAGAAAGAUGUCCGCUCACGGAGUUGAGGAAAUUCCGGUCUGCUCGGUCAGCGCCGGGCCGCGGAGUCCAGAGUGGAAGGAGAGACUGAAGGAGGAAUACAUAUCCCUCAUCGCGUACAUUUCUCAGAACAAGCGCAGCGACAAAGAGUGGUUCAAAAUCGAAUCGAAUCCAGAGGGAACCGCGUGGAAGGGACGCUGCUGGUACAUCCACGAGAUGGUCAAGUACGAGUUCCAGCUUCUUUUUGAUAUCCCCCCCACAUACCCUCUGACUCCCAUCGAGCUGCGGCUUCCAGAACUGGACGGCAAAACCAGUAAAAUGUACAGAGGAGGACGCAUCUGCCUCGAUGUCCAUUUCGCGCCCCUCUGGCAGAAAAACGCACCGAAAUACGGCAUUGCGCAUGCACUCGCUUUGGGACUGGGUCCGUGGUUGGCUGCGGAAGUUCCUUACCUGGUUGAAGAAGGAACGAUUGUGGGGGUGUAGAGUGCAGGCAAAAAGCGACGCGCGUCGAGGUGCAUCUGGAAGCACACUGCAAAAAAAUCAAGGAUGCACAAUUCUGAGUGCCUGAGAGAAGAGGUUUUCGAUCGGAAAGGUUGAGUAAGAGAGACCAAGAAGGCUGCGGAUUCCAAUGCAGUGUGUAGACGUUUUUUCGUCUUUUCUCGAGGAAACGUUUGCGCGUGGUUCUAGCCGUAAACGUUUCUUGUCCGAUGCUGGAUAGACAGCCAUUGCUCUUUGUAAGAAAACUCCUGCACGCGCUAAGGAAGUCACGCGGCUGGGAAAAAUGAUUGUCUCGGCAGAGAAAACCUCAGACACCGAAAAAAUUCUGCGCAAAAAA